AUGGCCAUUGUUGGAUCCUCGGACAACAAAGGCCAUUUCAACGGAAGCUUCCACUCCACUGACAGCAACGACUUGAGGAGGCUCCUCAAGGCUGCGGAUGAAGCGAUAACUCGCGGCCAGAAGGAAGAUGUUGCCGUCAUCGUCACGCUCUGCUCCAACGUUGAAAUGGACGCGGCCACCUUUCAAGCUUUGGUUGACUACAUCAAAGACGAUCCGGACGUCAAGAAAAUGGUCUGUGUGAUGCACGACCUCAUCGUCUUCAACACCGAUGAAGGCUUUACCAUCACUCUUCGCAUCCAUGGCUCCAAGAAGCUUGCUGUCUUGGAAAACGGCGCCAACAACAGCGUGGACUCCUCUUUCGAGGAGACUGAAGGCUUGACCCAGCAAAUGGCUGCUCUCCCUGUCCAUGACGCCAACGCCUACGCCACCCCUUGCAAGUAG